GAGGUGGGUGGGGUGCGGAGCGGGACUGAAGCUGCUGCCGUCUCGGCCGCCGCCUACAGAGUCGCCUUGUGCCUGGUGCUACCGGGACGAUGCGGCCGGGGCCCGGAGGCUGCUGCUACCGUCGCCCUGUGCGGGCGAACGGCUGCGUGGCGAACGGGGAAGUGCGGAACGGGUACGUGAGGAGCACCGCCGCUGCCGCCGCCGCCGCAGCCGCCGCCGCCGCCGCCGGCCAGGUCCAUCAUGUUACACAAAAUGGAGGACUUUACAAAAAACCGUUUAAUGAAGCUUUUGAAGAAACACCGAUGCUGGUCGCUGUGCUUACUUAUGUGGGGUAUGGUGUACUCACUCUCUUUGGAUAUCUCCGAGAUUUCUUGAGGCAUUGGAGAAUUGAAAAGUGUCAUCAUGCAACAGAAAGAAAAGAACAACAGGACUUUGUGUCAUUGUAUCAGGAUUUCGAAAACUUCUAUACAAGAAACCUCUACAUGAGGAUUAGAGACAACUGGAAUCGACCGAUCUGUAGUGUGCCUGGAGCCAGGGUGGACAUCAUGGAGAGGCAGUCUCAUGAUUAUAACUGGUCCUUCAAGUACACAGGGAAUAUAAUUAAAGGUGUUAUAAACAUGGGUUCCUACAACUAUCUUGGAUUUGCACGGAAUACUGGAUCAUGUCAAGAAGCAGCUGCCAAAGUCCUAGAGGAGUAUGGAGUUGGAGUGUGCAGCACUCGGCAGGAAAUUGGAAACCUGGACAAGCAUGAAGAACUAGAGAAGCUUGUGGCAAGUUUCUUGGGAGUAGAAGCUGCUAUGGCAUAUGGCAUGGGAUUUGCAACAAAUUCAAUGAACAUUCCUGCUCUUGUUGGCAAAGGUUGCCUGAUUUUGAGUGACGAACUAAACCAUGCAUCUCUGGUUCUAGGAGCCAGACUCUCGGGAGCAACCAUUCGAAUCUUCAAACACAACAAUAUGCAAAGCCUAGAGAAGCUGCUGAAAGAUGCCAUUGUUUAUGGUCAGCCUCGGACUCGAAGGCCCUGGAAGAAAAUUCUAAUCCUUGUGGAGGGAAUAUAUAGCAUGGAGGGAUCUAUUGUUCGCCUUCCUGAAGUGAUUGCUCUUAAGAAGAAAUACAAGGCAUACUUGUAUCUAGAUGAAGCUCACAGCAUUGGGGCUCUGGGACCUACAGGUCGAGGGGUGGUAGAUUACUUUGGCCUGGAUCCUGAGGAUGUGGACGUUAUGAUGGGAACAUUCACAAAGAGUUUUGGUGCUUCUGGAGGAUACAUUGGAGGCAAGAAGGAGCUGAUAGACUAUCUGCGAACACAUUCCCAUAGUGCAGUGUAUGCCACGUCGCUGUCACCGCCUGUUGUGGAGCAGAUUGUCACCUCUAUGAAGUGCAUCAUGGGGCAGGAUGGCACUACCCUCGGCAAAGAAUGUAUACAGCAGUUAGCCGAAAACACCAGGUAUUUCAGAAGACGUCUGAAAGAGAUGGGCUUCAUCAUCUAUGGAAAUGAAGAUUCUCCAGUGGUGCCUUUGAUGCUCUACAUGCCAGCCAAAAUUGGCGCCUUUGGACGGGAGAUGCUGAAGCGGAAUAUCGGGGUAGUUGUGGUGGGAUUUCCUGCUACUCCGAUUAUUGAGUCCAGAGCCAGGUUUUGCCUGUCAGCAGCUCAUACCAAAGAAAUACUUGAUACUGCUUUAAAAGAGAUAGAUGAAGUUGGGGACCUAUUGCAACUGAAGUAUUCGCGUCAUCGGUUGGUACCUCUACUGGACAGGCCCUUUGACGAGACUACAUAUGAAGAAACAGAAGACUGAGCCUUUUUGGUGCUCCCUUGGAGGAACUCUUCCUACCAGGACAGUGUGUGGCUUUUCUGAGCCAGUUCCAGGAACCAUACUUCUGUGGCCAUCUCACGUGAAAGACAUUUCCUCAACUACUGACGGUGGCCACCUCACUCUAAAUGGCAUUUUGUAAAUAGUAAAAAACUGCUUCACAUUCUUCCUUUGCUACAUUUCACCUUUCAAAAAAGAGGUGACCCGCUCUACUUUUUUGUCCAUUAAAAAUGUUUUAUUUUAUAA